AUGGCCUCGAAAGGGCUGGUUCGACUACCAUUACCAUCACCACUCCUCAACAGCAGUGCAGGAAUAUCGAGUUGUGGUAGACCGAAGUGUGGCUCCGGACGGCGUUACUUUAGCUUGCCUUCACCUCGAUGCGCCAACCCAGCCGGACCGAUCUCCGUCAACGGAUUGGUGGACUACUUUCGCCUGCUCGGUUGGAUCCACUCCCAGCGCCUAUCUGACCAUCCAUCGCCGAUCACAUCCAUCGCAAGUCUCUCCGAACAAGCCGACGCAUCGGAUGGCCUUCAGUUGAACGCGUUGUUGAGAUAUGAGGCCGAUCCCCCAAGCUCUCGAAGAGUAAGGACGGGUGCUUGGAAUCCUGUGGGACGACCGACUGAUGGACUCCUAGCCGGCCCGGAAAUCAAACGCGAUGAUCGGAUCACUGCAGCCUCAAAGACCAACGACCAAGAGCAAGGAGUUCGUGAACACGGAGCCGGGAUACUGUCCUUGUCAUACAUCAUCACCAUAGACCAAGACCUUACACGCAGUGAAAAUCAGUUAGCCGAUAUCAAGCUGCCGCCUCAAGAACAUGUGAUAACUUGCUCGGGAUUUCUGAUCGAAUGCCAAGAUUCGAAGGAGCGAAUAUUGGCCACUUGUGCGCAUACACUCUGGCAGAGCAACACGAUCUUGGCCAAUGAACUCCGACACGCAAGCCUCAUUUCCACGUCUCAUGGUGAGCGGACGGUCCGGUCGGGAUGUUUGGCUCGAGACCAGCUCGGAAACGCGUUCAUGGUCAGCCAGGUCAUCAGUGCACUGGCAUCUGCCGACGUGCUCUUUUUCAGACUCAUCAAACUCCCCGCAACCCCGCCACAUCUACAACCACCGAACCAACUCGCCCUCGAAGAAGCAAAAACCGAUGCCUUCCUCGUCGAUUCCUUGGUCGAUUUCUCGUCCAUGUCUCUCGAGCACCAUGGUGCCCUCGACACGCUCGCGUCCUUCUUAACUCUCCCCGUCUCCCCUUAUCCUCCCCCUCUUUCAUCCCCCGUCUGCAUCCCCCAACUGCUCAAUUCCGAUGCCGGCGACUCCUUGUUCCAUUGGGAACUUGGUCGUGUGAUUGAAUAUAAAGAUACGAUGGGAAUCAAAGCCACUCCAGGAACGUAUGACCCAUUGAACACGAUGAUAGUGAGUGCAGUUCCCAGGCACGGAAGCUCAGGCGGGCCGAUAGUGAACGAGAACGGGACGGUAGUCGGGAUGAUCAGAGGGUUCCAGUCGGCCUACGAUCAGAAGCACGCCGUCGGCUUCGGGACCGUGUCUGAGCGCUUCUGGGAGCUCUUCCAAUUGCCUGGUCUUCGCUCUGCUUCUUUCAAAAAUGAUUAG